CAAUUCGCCAUUACAUUUAGUUGUCAAAAGCGCCUAGGUAAAAUAAAUAUCAAAGUUUCUGUAACUUAAUAAAUUAGAUUCAUCGAAGGAGUUUUCAUUCGUUCAAAAGUUUUAUUUUAAAGUUAUUUGUUAUUUACGGAAAUGGCUCCUAAACGAGGUAGGGGACGUCCAAGAAAAUUACCUGCAUCUGAUAACCUGAGCACUAAACUAGCUUUCGAAGAAAACGAUGGCACAAUUGAAAAUAAUAGCAAGCAAGUGAUGGAACGCGUUUGCUCGAUCUGUGACAAAACUUUCGAAAGCAAACUUGCAUUGAUUGAACAUUUAAUUGUAUGUAAUGAAAAUAGUAAUAAUUCUCUUAAUUGUGAACAAGAUUCUUCAAAUGAAUCUCCCAAGAGAAUACAUAGAGAAAAGAAAUUUAUAAAAAACCAUGAAGAUAAGCCAAAACUUUGCUGUACAAAAUGUGAUAAAGUCUUCAUUUUUCAAAAGUGCUUCAUCAAACAUAUGGAAAAUGACCAUUCCGAAGCUCCAAAUAGUGUAUCUUGUGACAUGUGUGACGUAACAUGUCCAAAUAAACAAAUAUUGUUAAAACAUAUCAAAAAGAAACAUGACCCAGGCUCUUACUCCUGUGAAUAUUGCGGAAAGAAAUUUGUACGGAAAGCUCAUGUUUCUCGGCAUUUAUCGCAGAAGGGUUGCGAUGGCCGAGAUCUAUUAAAAUUCUCAUGUGAAAUUUGUGACACUUUAUUCACAAGGAAAGAUAAUUUAAUGAUGCACCUCAGACAGCAACACAUCACAAAGGGAACAUACCUUUGCAAGCAAUGCAAUUAUUUUACUAGAAACUUCUCCAAACUCAUUGUGCAUAGCAGGAACCAUCACCAACCAAAGCCAUUACGUUUUGAAUGUGACCAUUGUGGCAAAGUUAUGAACAGCAGAGCAUCUAUCUCAAAGCAUUUAGAAAUUCACGGUGAUAAAAAAUAUCUGUGUGGUGUGUGUGGCUACAGAACUUACACUAUCGAGGUGAUGCGUCGCCAUACGCUCACACAUGUUGACAAUAAACCAUACAAGUGCAAUAGCUGUGAUCGUUCCUUUAUUCAAAGGUCCUUACUUGUGCGACAUCUUGAGAAACAUAUUGGUUUCACAUGCAAAAUUUGUCUCCAGCGAUUUGAUGAUAAAAAUGAAUUAAUCCGCCAUAAGCAUUCACAUAAAAGUGAUGAUGAAUUGAAUUGCACAUUUGAAGAUUGCGAUAAACAAAACUUCAAGAAUGCUGCUGAAUUGGAGAGACAUAUUAAGGAGCAUUUAACUGAUCACAAAUGCGAGAUAUGCGGCAAGACGUUCAAGAACGAGAUAACUCUGGGGCGGCACGUGACGACCCACGCGCUGGACCGGCCGCGCCGCUGCAUGUACUGCGUGUGUGCGCGCGCGUACCUGCGCGGCGAGCACCUGCUGCGCCACGUGCGCAACCACCACGCGGACGUGUUCAAGCAGCGGCUGAUGCACGUGCGGAAAGUGCUGGGGUCAUUCGCGACUCAUAGCCGUGUGAGCAAGUCGGAACUGGAAGCGAUACUGAAUGUCCUGGACGCGGAGUCGGAUCGUAUCAUCGAGGACUUUGGGACAGGCGUGUUGUACGGAGGCCUGCUGGCGCCUAACGAGAAUGAAACUAUUUUAGAAAUGCCUGUUAAGACGGAACCGAGCCCCUUGUUAGGGGAAGAGGACCUUGCUGAUAACCUAAAAUUAAUGCUGUCGAAGCUAAUUGAUAAGGACCUUCUAGCUGAGUAUGGUUGGCCAAACGAUAGCGUUGACGACAUAUUGGAACGAGUGAUUGAAAACUGCGGCGCUCGCGUGGCAGAACGCGAAAAAUGGAGUCGCGUACAAAGACUGAGAGAGAACGCUAAACGUCUGUUUCUUUAUGUCAUCGAGGAUACAAACAUCGCCAAGAUGUUAAGCACACACACGAUCGAUCAGGUCAUAGUGCAUAUACUGGAGCGCGUUAGCGAAGACUAGUUAGUUUAAAUUGGGUAAAUGGUUGGGUAAAUUUUGUAGGUUAGGAAAAAAUAUUGUUACAUUGCAUGAUUUUUUUAUAUGUUUGAACUUCCAAUUGAAGACAAACAAAUUAGUUUUAUUGUAUUUGUUAUUGUCAGAAGAAAAAAAUGUCAGAAGGUCAUUGUCAUUGAACAGAAGAUAUCCAUCAGAACGGACCUGGGGCACGCGGCUUUAAAUAAAUAAUUGGUAAAUUAAAAUCCCUAUAAUAUAAUAAACUUUAAAAAAAUGAUAUAUUUUUCUUGAAGACAGGCAACAUACGUCCAAUAAAACAAGAAUCGAUAAGUAAUAAAGUGCUAAAUAUGUGCCUUAGUAUUACAUAUACAUAGUUAUUUAUAAAACUUAUGGAAUUUUAUUGGAUUUUUAUCAUGCCUAGAGUAUUUUCAUUUUAUUAAUAGAGUAAAGCAAACAUUUUGAAUAAUAUUGUAUUGUUUAUUAUAAUUCGUUAUAAUCAUAUUUUAUUGUUUAUAGUUGUAUUUUAAUUAAGAUUUUUAUCUACGGGCGAGUAGCAAAAAAAAAACGUUUAAGUAAUAUAAGAUUAACAUAAUGUGACUAUUGUAUAUUCUUGCAUAAAUGAAGAGAAUGGAUAUUUUUGUAAUGAUUAUUUUAAAGCAUUCCAAUUCAAAUAUCUUAUUUAACAA